AUGGUCUCUAACAAGAAGCGGCUUUACGUUGCUCUCUACCCAAGCGGGGUUGUUGAUAACAACGAGCGCAAAUACCAUUGGGGGUUUCUCAUAGGGCCCAAGAACGAGGCCACGGGACAAACUCCCGGUUUGCGAUGCCAUGUCAAGAACCAUCCCGUUGCCGGUUGGGUAUACGAGGAAGUCGAACUUCCAAAUUUGAAAAGCACCAACAAUCUCCUCGCGCGGCUUGUCGUUGCAAAAGUUGAAGACGAAAAACAUCUCUUGAAGACCUUGAGGGAAACAGCCGUCAUCCAAGAUGACUUCAACUUUCGCUGCCGAACUUGGAUGGCAGACGCGUUGUACAGGAUAUCGAAAGCCGAACCAAGGGUCGUCGGAACGUCAGAGUUGGACUGGAGCAGGAUAGAGCAAAAUGCCAGGCGCUAUGUGGAAAACAAAGUGGCAGCAGGGAGAUAUCUAGAGGCAGAGCGCAUGUUAGAGCCAAAGCCAACGUGGGACAUGAUGGAGCAGAGAGAGAUCAUACCCUAG